CAUUGAUUUUAAGCUUUUCAUGAAGUACAUAAACACCGAUACACAUGCGUGUGUAGCAAUCACCAUGAAAGGAUUCUCGUUUUCUCUUGGAUCCAAGAACCCGUCUUCUUCAUCCAACAAGAGAACAAUUCCUAGACCCAAUACACACAAUGCUGAAACCAAGGAAUUAAUCACUGAAUUCGAUUCUUCAAAACCCCUUUUGAGUUCCCAAUCCAAAACCCUAAUUAUCCCGCCUCAACCCAAUUCAUGGCGGCCCACCAAGAAAAUGAAAAAUCUUGAUGCCCCAAUAGAAUCUGAAGGUGAUUCUAAGGGUGCCCUUGAGUUUGAAACUGUUGUUGACCCGGGUCAGGCGCGACCCGGAUCCGAGCCCGAGGUUUCUUAUGGGUUGAAUUUGAGGAAGAGUGGGAAUGAUGAUGUGGGGUCUGUUGAAAAUAGUGAGUUUGUGAGUAUUGAUAGGGUGAUGGUGAAGAAUUUGAAGGAGGAUUUGGAGAAUUUGCCUGAUGAUAUGGGGUUUGAUGAGUUUGAUGGGUGUCCUGUUGAGGGGUUUGCGGCGGCUGUGUUGAAGGGGUAUGGGUGGACUCAAGGGAGGGGAAUCGGGAAGAAUACUAAGGAGGAUGUUAAGGUUGUUGAAUACGAAAGACGGGUUGGGAAAGAGGGGUUUGGUUUUGUUGCGGAUGCUCCGGUGAUGAGUAGUAAUGGUAAGGAUACGGAGAAGAGGAAGGAGAGGGAGGGUGGGGGGCUUGUUGCGAAGGAUGUGAGAAUUGUGAGGGGGAGGGAAAUGGGGUUGAAGGGGAGGGUUCUGGAAGUAUCGGGUGGUGGUGAUUAUGUUGUUUUGAGUGUUGUGGAGAAUGGGAGUGAAGUUGAGGUGAGAGUGAGGGGUAGUGAUGUUGCGGAGUUGGGUUCGGUUGAAGGAGAGAGGUGUUUGAGGAAGUUGAGGGAGCUGAAAAUUGGGGAGGAGAAGAAAGAUAGGAAGAUCAGGCGUAGUGAUGAGAGGGAGAAAAACGUGGGAAUCAAGAUUGAGGAGAGGAGGAGAGAUGACAAGAACAGGAGAGGCGAUGAGAGGGAGGAGAAACCGGUAAGGAAAGAGAAAGAAAAAGUUCGGUGGUUAACGAGUAAUAUCAAAGUUAGAAUUAUUAGUAAGAAGUUGAAAGGUGGGAAGUUGUAUUUGAGAAAAGGGAAGGUUGUGGAUGUGGUUGGACCUUCAACAUGUGAUAUCUCUAUGGAUGAUAGUAGGGAGUUGAUUCAAGGUGUUGAUCAGGAGUUGCUUGAAACCGCACUUCCACGGACCGGAGGUCCUAUUCUUGUUUUGUAUGGAAAGUAUAAGGGUGUUUAUGGAAGCCUUUUACAAAAACAUAUGGAGAAGGAAACUGCUGUUGUUGAAGAUGCUGAUACUCGUAAGCCGCUUCAUGUUCUCCUUGAGCAAAUUGCAGAGUAUACUGGAGACCCGAGUGAAAUAGGAUACUAAUCUUUUUCUGUUGAACUUAACAGUGGAAAAUGUGUGAUGUUCACCUUAAAUUCACGGAAAAGGGACAAAUAUCUUUUCUCAAAAUCCUGUCUACCUUCUUCGUAGUGAGUGUACUCAGUCUAGUUGCUAUCAGCACUACUGGAAAACUUCGGUUGCCACAUAUACGCAAUGGCAGAAUGUACCUUAGAGAUCAGAAAUUAACAAAAGCAUCUGAUACUGAACGUCUGAACCUAUUCAUCAACAGUCUGCGGAUUCUGCUAAGUCAGAAGAUCUUGCCACUUCUAUUGUAGCGAUAGUCAAAGAGACUUAUGGCAGGCCUGGGGAUAUCAUGAAACAAAGUGAUUGUGCUGCAUGGGUUGGCGAACUUCCAGAAUUUUAUAGAAGUAUGGUUAAAGCUGAUUAUGCUAGAGACUCACACACAAUCAGCAAAUAGCAGCACAAUUAAACAAGACAAUAAUCACUGGAACUGAAUAGGAAGCAAUAUUCAAGACACUUACUACUACGCACUUGCAAUUACAGACUCAAUUGACGAUGAAUAAACCCUAGCCACAUUCGAGAGGUGGUACUCUCCCAGAUCCCCUUUUUACUCACACAAUACACAAUGCCCUCUUCCGCUCUCCAUUCCCAACUAAAUAUCUCUAUUCUUCAAUGACUCUUCUGCCCUUCCUUUUAAUUGUAUAGACUCUUCUGCGCUUUCACCCUUUUUCUAGCAUAAGUCAACAGAGUUGCUGUAUCUUUGACCGGGGUCAUAGCAUUACCGGGGGCCCAAACAGCCACCUUGUCCGCAAGGUGGAAACUCGGAAAGCGCACAUCAAGACUCUCAUAGUCCUCCCAAGUUGCUUCCCAGAUGGGUAGAUCCUGCCACUUGAUCAAUACUUCUGUAAAUGCCUGACCCUGCCUCACAUCUAAGACCCUUUCUGGUGCAGCUUCCAUGACUAAAUCUGAACUGAUCUGUGGGGGGAUUGAACUAGUACAAAUAGUCGAGCCUUCAGCCUUCUUGAGUUGAGAAACGUGGAACACGUUAUGUAUUUUAGAAGAGGCGGGUAACUACAGACGGUAAGCCACUUUACCGACUUUAUCCAGGACAGUAAACGGCCCAUAGAAACGAGGUGCCAGCUUUGCAUUCGUACGGGUAGCCAAUGAGGUCUGCCUGUAGGGCUGGAGCUUAACAAAAACCUUAUCACCCCACUGAAACUCCAGCAUGCGUCGGUGACUAUCUUCAUAUGAGCGCAUUCGCUGCUGGGAUUGUACCAGGUGAGCCUUCAAAUCAUCAAGCACAGCAUCACGCUCAACCAACUGUUCCUCCAAUGUAGCCACAGUAGUCCCUGGUUCCGAAAACCGGACUAAUAUAGGGGGGGGCCUCCCAUAAACGAUCUCAAAGGGGGUGAAUUUAGUGGAAGAGUGAAAACUAGUAUUGUACCAAAAUUCUGCCCAAGGUAGCCACCUGGCCCAAGUGCGAGGCUUGCCCUGAAUAAAACAUCUUAAAUAUCCCUCCAGAGUCUUGUUAACAACUUCCGUUUGGCCAUCUGUCUGCGGAUGAUAAGCCGUGCUCCUCAACAACGCAGUCCCCUGAGCUCGAAACAACUCCUUCCAGAACAAGCUCAGAAAUAUGCGGUCCCUGUCCGAUACAAUAGUGGAUGGGAAGCCAUGAAGGCGUACAAUCUGAUUGAUGAAAGCAGUGGCCACACUCGGGGCUGUGAAAGGGUGAGUCAGCCCUAUGAAAUGCGCAUACUUCGAUAAACGAUCCACCACUACCAAAACAGUGUCUACCCCUUGCGACCUUGGCAACCCUUCCACAAAAUCUAGGGAAAUAUCUUCCCAUAUACGAGAGGGUACUGGUAAUGGCUGCAAAAACCCUGCUGGCAUUAAAGUGGAUUGUUUUUGCUGCUGGCAAACCGCACAUUCACGGAUAUACUGGGCUAUCAUCUUGCGCAUGCCCGGCCAGAACCAUUCCGAUGCUAGCCUUUUAUAUGUUUUAAUCUCACCCGAGUGACCACCCACAGGGGAGUCGUGGUGCUCUCGGAGAAGCUGUACUGCCAAUGCAGAUUUAGGUGAGAUUACCACUCGGCCUUUGUAGUGAACUAUAUCUUGCACCAACUCGUAACCCUUAGGAAGUGGACGGCCUCCUUGUAAAUCAUUCUUAAUUUGGGUGAUGAAUGCAUCAUCCUGAAUAGCUUUCUCAAUAUCGAGCCACGACACUCCUCCUAUAGAAACUAACGCCCCACAUUCAACAGGCUCCGAGACAACCCGUGAUAAUGCAUCUGCAGCUUUGUUGGAAAUACCCGGUUUGUAUACAAUGGUGAAAUGAUAGCCCAUCAACUUACUUACCCAACGCUGAUAAUCAGCCCCAACCUCACGUUGUUCCAGUAGGUGUUUCAAACUUUGCUGAUCAGUGCGGAUGAGGAAUGGAUGACCAAUCAGGUAGUGACGCCAUUUCUGCACAGCCAGAACAAUGGCCAUUAACUCUUUUUCGUAAAUUGACUUUAACCGAUUCCUCUGGCCCAAAACCUUGCUGAAAUAGGCGAUUAGAUGGUCGUGUUGGAGGAGGACCGCCCCAAGCCCAUAUCCAGAAGCAUCUGUUUCAAUGACAAACGGAGCAGAGAAGUCAGGCAUCCGCAAGACAGGGGCUGCUGCAAGUGCCUGUUUAAGCGCCUCAAAGGCCCUGGAAGCAUCAUCUGUCCACCCAAACUUGUCUGCCUUCAGCUGAUCAGUGAGUGGCCCAGCUAAGUGAGCAUAAUUCUUGAUGAACUUCCUAUAGUACCCGGAUAGUCCCAAAAAACCCCUAAGCUCCCUGAUAUUCUUUGGAAUAGGCCAGCUAACGAUGGCCUGGAUUUUCGAAGGGUCUACCGAAACACCCUUGCUAGAUAUUCGGUGGCCCAAGAAAGCAACUUCCCUUUGGUCAAACUCACAUUUUUUAAAAUUAGCAUACAACUGGUGUUGACUUAAAGUUGCCAGAACAGUUUCCACAUGCUUCACAUGCGCCCCCUCAUCUGCGCUAUAGAUUAGUAUGUCGUCAAAGAAAACUAAGACGAAACCCCGAAGAUAUGGCCGGAAGACUUCAUUCAUAAUUGUUUGAAAAGUCGCCGGUGCGUUUGUGAGCCCAAACGGCAUAACUAGAAACUCGUAGUGGCCUUCGUGAGUUCGAAAGGCUGUUUUAGGGACGUCCUCUGGUCUAACACGCACCUGAUGAUAGCCUGAUUUUAAGUCAAGCUUUGUGAAGAUCGAUGCUCCCUGAAGUUCAUCUAACAGCUCAUCGAUGACCGGAAUAGGAAACUUAUUUGGGAUGGUUGCCUUGUUGAGUGCCCUAUAAUCGACACAAAACCGCCAUGAGCCGUCUUUCUUUUUUACUAGCAGCACCGGGCUCGAAAACGGGCUAUUUGAUGGCUGUAUGAUGCCGGCAGUAAGCAUAUCCUGUACAAGCCGCUCAAUUUCAUCUUUAUGGGCUUGUGGAUAACGGAAUGGCCGGACAUUAACAGGGUCUGUCCCUUCCUUCAGUAUAAUACUAUGGUCUUGGAACCUCGCUGGAGGUAACCCAUCUGGUAGAUUGAACACAGCCUUGUAGUGCUGGACAAGUGGAGUUAAAAACUCCGGAACAACAGGUGUAUCAUUAGCUUCCCCUGUAACAGCACCCAAGUAAUUACACUCCACCACAUACCCUUGUCCCUCCUUGCGCAACGUUUUCAACAUCGCCUUAAGAGUAAUACCGGAUCGACCCAAAGAUGCGUCCCCCAUCAAAGUUACCAUUUCGUUCCCCAGCCUAAACGAAAGCCGCUGUGAUUUCCAAUUCGCAGUCAUAGUACCCAGCUUUUCCAGCCAUUGGAGACCCAAAAUCAAGUUAGAAUUGCCCAAAGCAAUUGGCAAGAAAUCCUCAACAAUAGUCAAACCCUGUACUUCCACCACUGCUGAUUUACACAAUCCUUUGCUCUGUACCAUCUCCCCCGUGCCUAAUGACACCCCAAACUCCUGAGAAGAUACACAAGUGAUGCCUAACUGUUGUAGGGCGUGUGUCGCUAUAAAGUUGUGAGUAGCACCCGGAUCAAUCAUAACAAUUACCGGCACUCCAUUAAUUUCGCCUUUCAGUUUAAACGUUUUCGGGCUGGUCAAACCCACUACGGAAUUAAGAGAUAUUUCUGGGUGCACUUCGUCCACUGGUGGUGGAUCAGCGACAUCCUCCAGCUCCUCCAUUCCCCCGUCCUCGGUAUUCCACCCUUCCUCCUGGGUGACCAGAACACUCAGCUCCUUGCGCUGACAUUUAUGCCCAAUGUUCCAUUUGCUAUCACAGCGGAAACACAAUCCUUUUGCCCUUUUAUCUUGUAGCUCCCUGUCACUGAGCUUCCGAACAUCCCCAGAAACCUUGGUUACUACUGCUGGGCUACUUCCAGUCGAUGCCCCCGAGGGAGAAAAACUUGAAAACGACUUAGGGCUGUAAGAACUAGACCCCAGAGAAGAGCCUUGGGAGGUGUUCGGUUUCCCUAUCUGCGUAAAGCCCGAGCGUCCCUCUUCUCGAACUUUAGUCAGUUUGAGCUUAUCCUCCACCAUAUGGGUCAACUCCAUUGCAUGAUCGACCGUAAGAGGGCCUAACAGCCGGACUUCGGCCCGUAUCUCAUCUUUCAAUCCAUUCAAAAACUGACCCAAUGAUAAUUCCUCCGACACAUUUUCAAGGGGGCUAAUAAUUCAAUGAAUUUCAGGCGGUAAUCAGUGACCGUACCUGCUUGCCUAUGAGCUAGCCAUUGCUCCUGUAGUGUGCCCGUGGCUUGGGAACGAAACUGCCGGCGAAGGAGACUUUUCACCUGCUCCCAGCUUUCAAUCGGUCUCCUCCGGUGCUCCCAUUGAAACCACAACAAAGCUUGUCCUUCUAAUGCCACCACCGUAGCCUCCACCUUCUCUUCCUCCGAUAGACUGUAAAAAUUGAAAAAUCGUUCCGCCCUUAAGAUCCAACCGUCGGGAUUGGAACCAUCAAAGAGAGGCAGAUCGAGCUUCUUAUGGCGCCAUGAAUUACACCCGUUAGGACCUGCUCCACCACCGGGGCCAGUGCCUGAGCCAAACCCACCACCGGAUCUAUAACCGCCAGAUCCCGGACCACCACCUGACCCAGACCCGAUGCCACCAUAGAAACCACCCUUGGGUCCAACACCAGAUCCACUCCCCUCCACCACCCCGAGAACCACAUUCUCAUGAGCCAAAACCCCUUUCGCAGGACCUGAUUGAAAAGUGGACAGGGACGAACGAACAUCCUCUUGAAAUUUCAGCUGGUCAUCUCUCAUAGCAGCGAUAAGAGACUCUUGGGUAUCACGUGAGCGAGUGAUCCGACCCUCUAAACGGGUAAUUGCUGCAGCCAAUUUUUCAUCCUGGAGCUUCGUGAUCUCGUCGAAACUCGAGGUGACCCGAGUGAGGAGAGAUUGUUGCAUGGCGGCCACCGCCCCUUUGAUGGCGGCGCUUACUUCGAUCGUGACUGCUUCACGCAGCGAACGCUGCUGGGUCUCUAGCUGUUCCUCAAUCUGUGCUAGUCGAUCUUUGUCUGAAGGACCCAUGGACAAGUGUUGGCUCUGAUACCACUUUGCUAGAGACUCACACACAAUCAGCAAAUAGCAGCACAAUUAAACAAGACAAUAAUCACUAGAACUGAAUAGGAAGCAAUAUUCAAGACACUUACUACUACGCACUUGCAAUUACAGACUCAAUUGACGAUGAAUAAACCCUACCCACAUUCGAGAGGUGGUACUCUCCCAGAUCCCCUUUUUACUCACACAAUACACAAUGCCCUCUUCCGCUCUCCAUUCCCAACUAAAUAUCUCUAUUCUUCAAUGACUCUUCUGCCCUUCCUUUUGAUUGUAUAGACUCUUCUGCCCUUUCAUCCUUUUUCUUUUUCUAGCAUAAGUCAACAGAGUUGCUGUAUCUUUGACCGGGGUCAUAGCAGAUUAUCUAGGUGUAGACAAUACAUCUGUUUCUUCCUCAUCAGAGAGAAUUGAUGAUGAAAUUGAAGCUUUGAUACAAGAUAUAGCAAGUUAUCAGAUGCUGCCAUUUGUGACGAGUUAAAUUGCUACAUCUUUGCUUUUGUUGCCGGAGAUGGUACUUUAAUCGAAGCUAGAUUGAAGUGUUUAUGAGUAAAUCCUAGUCCAGAACUGGCUGAAACUCUAAGAAUAAGAGAAGUGUUAAGCUGGAUAAACAACGGAAGCCGAGCAAUGUUAUUGUUGAGUCCGAUUGUUUGCAGAUGGUACUGGCCAUCCGGAGCUCUUUUUGGUGUUUUCUCAUACCUGCGGAGAGUGACGCAGGAGUGUUGAGCUCCUCUUGCAAGCUUAACUUCAAAAAACGUGAAGUUUAAGUUUGUGAAACGACUGUGUUUGGAGAGUGUCCACUCCGACUUUUUUUAUGUUUAUUAUGUCUUGUCGAAUGAUUUGAGAAAUUAAUAAAAUUCGACCUUUGUGUGGCAAAAAAAUAUACAUACACAGUACAUUCUGGAAAAGAGUUGGACGGAGAAGAGUUGGAGUCUUUUUAAUGGUCCGAGUCUUUUUAGUAUGUGUCGACACUACAACUUUUAUUCAAAGUAUUAGUGAGCAAGAAAUUUUAUGCA